GAGGGCGACGACACCAGGGGCAGCAACAUCGCCUUCUCGCCCUUGUCCCUCUACACCACGCUCGGCUUGGUGGCCGCCGGAGCACGGGGUACAACUCUGGACGAGCUCCUCGCCCUGCUCGGUGCCUCCUCGUCCGACGAGGUCGCUGGCUUCGUGCGUGGCCUCACCGCAGCUGACACUGAGCCGUCCGGCUCCGGUGGGGGGCCGCUCAUCAGCUACGCCUACGGCGUGUUCCACCAGAAAACUAUGGAGCUCACGCCGGCCUACCUCCGCACCGCCGCCGAGUCCUACAAGGCUGAGAUACGCGCCGUCGACUUCGCUCAGGAAGGCAGCAGGGAGAAAACGAGGAAGGAGAUCAACGAGUGGGCGGCGGCGGAGACGGACAAUCUCAUCCCGGAGAUCCUGCCGGAGGGGUCACUGUCCGACGGCUCGAGGCUCGUGCUCACCAACACCAUCUACUUCAAGGGCGUGUGGGAGAGCCGCUUCCCCGAGGCCCUCACCGAGCACCGCACGUUCCACCGCCUGGGCGGCGCCAGCGCCGCCAUCAUCGUCCCCUUCAUGACCUUUUAUCCGGGACUGCACGGCCUCUUCGUCUCCUACCACAAGGACUUCGACGUGCUCAAGCUCCCCUACAAGACCGGCAGCGACGCCACGGCCCGGUACUCGAUGUGCGUGUUCCUCCCGCACACGCGUGGCGGGCUGCGCGCCAUGACCAGCGCUCUGGCAGCCCGCGGCUCCCUGCUCGACCACGUGCCGAAGCAUACGAUCAAGGUGACUAAGCUCCUGCUGCCCAAGUUCAAGCUCUCCUUCUUCUGCCGCCUCGCCGAGGUGCUCGAGAGCCUGGGACUCCGGCAGGCGUUCAGCGAGGAGGCCGAUCUGUCCGGCCUGGUGGAGAGGAGCGUCUGCGACGUGCGCUUGGACGAGGUGUUCCAUAAGGCGGUCGUUGAGGUGAACGAGGAGGGCACCAAGGCGGCGGCCUGCACCGCCGUCAGUGGCCGCAGGAAGCAGUGUGCAAUGAGGGUGACUGCGAGGGAGUUCGUCGCCGACCACCCGUUCGCGUUUUAUAUAGUGGAGGAGGUGUCCGGGGCCGUGGUCUUUGCCGGCCAUGUCCUUGACCCUUCUUCUAGCUCACAGUAGUAGUAAUAAGGCAAUUGGAUUUCCUAGUUACAAUUAGUACUAGCAAGUAUGCUACAGGUUUCAAGUGAAUAAUAAAUGAAACAAUUCGACUAUAA